AAUUUUUUUAAGGCGGUAACUUUAAGAUUUUCCAGUGUGUUGUGGAGUAAAGCAGGUCAUUUGAGGAGAACUUGAUGACAUCACGAGGUGGAACAAAAUAUAGAACCUUUAAAGCUGCACUAUGUAACUUUUCUGGCAGUUCUCACUUGUCUCCGUGGAGAUUUACACCACAGCAGUUAAACAGUACGACAUUAAACAUUCUGUCUUUCUUUUGCGUUUAUUUAGUUAUAGUCGUUUUAAUCGCUUGUAAAUACUCUGUCAGGCUUAUUCCUGACUGGGCUCGCCUCUCCACAGACCUGGCUGGCUGUAACUCGUGUAAUCACCUGCUCGUUGCCAUGGAGACCGAUAGGUUUAAUGCCGUACGCAAAAUGACAUUAAACAUUCUAACUAUGUUGCGUUUGUUCAGUUAUAGUCGUUUUAAUCGCUUGUAAAAACCUCGUCAGGCUUAUUCCGGAGUGGGCUCGCCUCUCCACAGACCUGGCUGGCUGUAACCCGUGUAAUCGCCUGCUCGUUUCCGUAGAGAUGGAUCGGUUUAAUGCCGUAUGGUGGGACAUUCCAGGCAAAGCGAUAAGUGUCUCCGCUGGAAAAGUUACACAGUGCGGCUUUAAUGUGAAGUCUGAGCGUGUUUCUGGUCGGGUGAGACGCGGCACAUCGAUCGCGGCGUCCUGUCCGUGCAGUGCGUUGCUCAAGGGCACGACGGCAGUGAAAGGAGCGCUCUGAAAACCCCGAUUCUUCUUCUUCAGAGUCUGAUCUAAACCAGCUCCUGCUUCAUCUCUGUCCUUUUAGAAACACUUGAGCUCGUGUUUCAGGAGCUGAAACGGGGCACGUGCAGCUUGUUGUUGACUUUCGUCUUGGCGUCGCGUGGGUGUGGCCAACCGCUCGACUUUUCCUCUCGUUCUUUCCUCCCACGCGGGAUUAUUCCCACAGGAGAAGUUCAGAACAGGCAGUAAAGUCUCACGUGGCUGGAGUCGUUUUCAUGUCCAAAAGUCCGUGGUGUUUGUCUUUAGUUCUGCGCUGGAGGACGGAGCGACUCUGUUUUUGGGGGAAACUUACGGAGAAAAACGAGGAGGAAGAACUGAAGAACUGAGGAGCUGAGGAGCUGAGGAGCUGAGGAAAGAAAGUGCAGAGGAAACAUGAGAGGAGCGCCGGGAAACAGGGGAGGAAUGUGAAGAGGAAUUUAACUCUGCCGGAGCUGUGCUGAGCCCUGGCUCCUCCAACACACACCUGCGGCUCAUCAGGGUAAUCACCACCACCUGCUGCCGUGGAUAAGAGGAGCCAGGACCUGACACUCGGGGCCAGAUCGUCCGCGUGUCUCACACCUGGUCACCUGGACCGUCCCGGCGUCCGUGCUCCCGGCUCUGCUCCGGCCCAGUCUCUUCUUCCCGUCUCACGAUGGCGUCCCCGCUCCUGUCUGCGGUCUCGGUCCAGGUCUCAGUCCUGGUUUUGGUCGGGUUCCUGGUCGGUCCGGCCUCGGGGGGGAACAUCCUGGUGUUUCCGGGCGAGUUCAGUCACUGGUUAAAUAUGAAGAGUUUGGUGGAAGAACUGCACCGAAGGAACCACUCGAUCAGCAUCAUCGUCCCCACGGGCAGCCCCUCUGUCCCCUACAACAGCACCCAGAGACGGGACAGAUUCAACUUUAUAGUGUUUGAGGUUCCCUUCACGUCGUCGGACUAUAAGUCGUUCCUGGAGGAGUUCAUGCACUUCUCCAUGUACGAGUCGGCCGGCGCCUCCUUGUGGACCAAAGUGUCGGUGGGUUUCUCGUGGCUGCGGCGUUCUCUGGUCAUGCAGAAGCAGACGUGUAACGGCCUGGUCCGGAACGCCGCGCUGAUGUCACGGUUACGAGACGCCAAGUUCGACCUGGUGCUGUGGGACCCCAUGAGUCACUGUGGGGAGGUGGUGGCUCAGCUGCUGCAGCUCCCCCUAGUGGCCUCGCUCAGGUUCACGUUUGGCGCUGUGAUCGAGCGCCACUGUGGCCACGCCCACUUACCCCCGAGCUACGUCCCGUCGUCUCCUCUGCCCUACAGCGACGUCAUGACCUUCGGCGAGAGGACGACCAGUCUCCUGAUCAACCUCCUGAGCUCCACGCUGUCCGUCCUCUUCUGGAGAAUCUCCCUGGACGGAUUCUACUCAGACAUCCUGGGACAGUCCACCACCGUGUGUGAGACGAUCGGACGAACGGACCUGUGGCUCAUCAGGACGUACUGGGACAUCGAGAGUCCCAGGCCCCUCCCCCCAAACUUCCGCUACGUGGGCGGGCUCCACUGCAAACCGGCCAAUCCGCUGCCGAAGGAUCUGGAGGAGUUCGUGACCUCGGCCGAUUCUGGAGUCGUGGUCGUCACGUUCGGCUCCAUGGUCAACAACCUGACGACAGAGCGCGCCGAGGUCAUCGCCACCGCACUCGCCCAGAUCCCACAGAAGGUGAUCUGGAGGUACAGUGGACCGACUCCUCGUUCUCUGGGACCAAACACUAAACUUCUCCACUGGAUUCCUCAGAACGACCUCCUCGGCCACCCUCAGACUCGCGCCUUUGUGGCCCACGGCGGCACUAACGGUCUGUACGAGUCGCUGUUCCACGGCGUGCCUAUAGUGGGCAUACCGCUGUUCGGCGACCAGUCGGAUAACCUGGCCCGCGUGAGCCGCAGAGGGGGCGGAGUCGUGCUCGACUUCAACUCUAUGACAUCACAGGAAAUGACGUCAGCCAUCAAUGAGGUCAUCAAUAAUCCCAGCUACAAACAGAGCAUACUCAGAGCGUCGGCCGUGCACAGGGACCGUCCCCUCACUGCCCUGCAGGAGGCGGCGUUCUGGGUGGAGUUUGUCCUGAGGAACGGGGCGUCUCACCUGCGUCUGGCGUCCUACGAGCUCAACUGGUUCCAGUACUACAGUCUGGACGUCGCCGCCUUCCUGCUCGUCGUCACGGCAACCGCCAUCGCCAUCACGGCAACGGUCGUCAGGAAGGGACUGAGACUAGUGCGAAGAACGGUCCGAGGAUCAAGACCGCAUCAGGACUGAGAGAAAACCAGGACUGAACCAGGACUGAACCAGGACCAAACCAGGACUGAACCAGGACUGAACCAGGACUAAACCAGGACUAAACCAGGACUGAACCAGGACUAAACCAGGACUGAACCAGGACUAAACCAGGACUGAAUCAGGACUAAACCAGGACUAAACCAGGACAGAACCAGGACUGAACCAGGACUAAACCAGGACUAAACCAGGACAGAACCAGGACUAAACCAGGACUGAAUCAGGACUAAACCAGGACUGAACCAGGACUAAACCAGGACUGAACCAGGACUGAACCAGGACUGAACCAGGACUGAACCAGGACUGAACCAGGACUAAACCAGGACUGAACCAGGACUGAACCAGGACCGAACCAGGACUAAACCAGGAUUUAACCAAGUCUGAACCAGGACUAAACCAAGUCUGAACUAGGACUGAACCAGGACAGAACCAGGACUGAACCAGGACUGAACCAGGACUGAACCAGGACUGAACCAGGACUAAACCAGGAAUGAACCAGGACUAAACCAGGACUGAACCAGCACUGAACCAGGACUAAACCAGGACCAAACCAGGACUAAACUGGGACUGAACCAGGACCAGAAAAUAUAAAAAAAUGCUCGUUUAAAUGUGUAACUUUCUGAGCCAUCUGUUUUUGUAUUCUUGUUUAUCUGUAAUGUUCCAUAGAGCAGCAUUAUUUUUAUCUAAAAUUGAUACAGUUACAGAUGUUUUUAUUGAUCAGAAAAACAGGCAUUUUUACUGUGACUGGGGCCACCUCUCCACAGAUAUGACCUGUAACUGUCCUGGUGACAUUCUGCUGUGCACGACCAGUCAAAAGUUUGGACACACGUCUCAUUCAGUGUUUGUUUUUUGUUUUUUUUCUACUUUCUACAUUUUACAUACACAAAGAAGACACUGAAUAUAUGAAGUAAUGUCACACUUCAUAUAUUUGAUGUCUUCUGUGUAUAAUGUAUAAAAUAUAGUAAAAAUUUAAGAAAAGAAACUAAACUUUUGACGGGUCGCACAUGUCUCAGUUCAAUUAAAUUAAUUUUUGUAAGAACCAAAGUCACAGCAGCGUCGCCUCUUUGAGCUGAACAUAAUUUAAAAAACGGAAAGUUAGAAAAUCAACAAUGAAACAGAAACAAAGUAAUCAACAGAAAAUAAGCAAAUGGAGACGUGUCCCAGAGCGCCCCCUGUCCUUAGACUCUCCUUCUCGGCGAAGAUAAAAUCAUGUCAUGUCAUCUUCAGUAAAAUACUUAGUUUUACUCGAGUACAAAGUGGCCUCAGAAAUUCCUCAUGUGAAUAAAACAAAACAAAAAUCAUAUCUGAAACGUUCUAAAAGGAUGAAAAGUGUUGGACAGAGGGGACAUCCUUGCCUUGUUCCCUGUGAAAUGUUAAAACCCAGACAUUUCUAACCCACAUCCAUGAACUACACAAACACAGAUCUAUAUUUAACAUCAGCCAAAACCAAGAGAAACCAGGUCUAAACCAGGUCUAAACCAGGUCUAAACCAGGUCUAAACCAGGUCUAAACCAGGUCUAAACCAGGUCUAAACCAGGUCUAAACCAGGUCUAAACCAGGUCUAAACCAGGUCUAAACUAGGUCUAAACUAGGUCUAAACCAGGUCUAAACCAGGUCUAAACCAGGUCUAAACCAGGUCUAAACCAGGUCUAAACCAGGUCUAAACCAGGUCUAAACCAGGUCUAAACCAGAUCUAAACCAGAUCUAAACCAGGUCUAAACCAGGUCUAAACCAGGUCUAAACCAGGUCUAAACCAGGUCUAAACCAGGUCUAAACCAGGUCUAAACUAGGUCUAAACUAGGUCUAAACCAGGUCUAAACCAGGUCUAAACCAGGUCUAAACCAGGUCUAAACCAGGUCUAAACCAGGUCUAAACCAGGUCUAAACCAGGUCUAAACCAGGUCUAAACUAGGUCUAAACUAGGUCUAAACCAGGUCUAAACCAGGUCUAAACCAGGUCUAAACCAGGUCUAAACCAGGUCUAAACCAGGUCUAAACCAGGUCUAAACCAGGUCUAAACCAGGUCUAAACUAGGUCUAAACCAGAUGAAGACCUGGACCUGGACGUGUGGGAUGGACCAGGUGAGGGUCAUGGACAAAGUCUUUGGACUAAAUUAGUGAAGCGUU